UGGCAGUUGCAGUUUAACGAGCAACAUCCGAUAAAUGGUUCAAAACUAGCCACUUAUGGCAAUGGACGCUACGUGUUCCUACUAGGAAAUAAAAGAACGGAUCUUGACGGUCAAAUACAUUAUACACAAUUCGACUUGGAAUGUAUCGACUUAUUUCUGAGUGUGAAAACGCGUUAUCUAAUAAAAGGACUUCAGGAUAUUGGUUAUGUACUCGGUUUCUAUGCACUUUCACCCACAAUUUUAGUCUUGGUGGAUUAUUCGGAUUUGAUUAUUAAUAUUAAACAGACCGCUGUGCUCCUUGACAAAGACUUCUAUACUGGCUCAUACUUCAUCGAACGCACUUACUGUGUGCCGUUAACGGCGGCGUUCUUCUUCAUCCACUGCGUCAUCGGUGAACAGCAGUGCGCCAUAUUUGCUCCACCAAAUACUGGUAGACCAUUAAAUGGAGGAGAGUCAACAUUCUGCUGCCACCUUAUCCCGAAGCAACCAUGGUCAGCUGGUUCGGAUCGCAAUAUCUCGAUGUUUGUGCAACGAGCAAAUGCACAAGUGCUCUCGAGACAUGGAGUGCCUCUAACACGGUGGGAAUCGCCUCAAUUCAUCAGCGUGGAUGAGAUCGGUAUAUUCCUCGAUCGAGAACAAGGAAUAUGCCCUGACCCCUUCACUAUCGUCAUCAUUAACAUCAACAGUGGUGACUGGCGUCUAGUUGGGUGUACUGCCGAUUUGAGUACAGGCUUUCCACGAGACGAUUAUGACCAGAUGCCAAUCGACAGCACAGCUCAACACAGUGCCACUGGACAGAUAGCCCUACUAACCACUUAUGGACGUCCCAGUGAUAGUUAUCACGCGCAGUUCGCCCGUUUUCUGCACAUGUGUAAUCGUCAAAUAUGGCGGGCCUUUUACUUUACGGCUGAACACUUCCCCUGAAUAGGCGUAUUGGACACAACGAAUUGGCGAUGGGUCGAAGUAUAUUCGGUCGAUGAUUACUAUUUUACGAAUAUCAUUAUGUUCGACACUGGUCAAAUGCUUAUACAUCAAACGGAUAAAACUUGGAAUACGGAGCAGUACGGUGUCCUACGGAAUCCAUUCGUUGUGUUCACACUACAGUCAUCAGCUGAACUGACAUCGCGGCCGUGCACCUACGAUGAUGAACGUGAAACUAUUGUAAGGCGAUUGCGCUGUACUGAAGAAUGA